AUGAGCACACGCUCGAAUCGUCCCACAGCACCAGUUACAGCAGUACAGAAGAGGAGCUACAAACGGGCCUGCCGCAGAGCGAUUUUGAAUGGAUUUUCACACUAUCAUGGUCACCGCAUGCAAGUGGAGGACUUCCCCCCCGUCUUGGUUCAGAAGCUUCGAUCUGACUCCAAACCAGUACGAUGUUCUCAGCCUCCCAAUGCAGCGGCACCAUGCAAAGGUCGAUUAACCUGCCUACAUUGGAAUCCUGGAGGAUUGGCUCAGACAACGUUGGCUGAAAUAAGGCUCUGGCUGCAACACCACCCAGUGGACAUUGUGGUAUUAACGGAGACGCGUUGGAGCUUUUCAUCCACCUGGAGUGACAAAGCAUGGAUGUAUGUGCAUUCGGCUUCAGCUGACUACAAAAGUGGUGGAGUAUUGAUCAUGAUCUCCAGACGUUUGGCAUGCCCAGAGCAAAUUGGCCAUCAGGCCAUCGUGGAUGGUCGUCUUGUCCAUGUCCGAGUGCAUUUCGACUCCAGGGCGCUGGACAUCUUGGCGAUUUACCAGCAUGUUGACAACAGGAACAAGAUCUCCGCUCAGCAACGGGAACAGGCACGACUCCAAGGCAUUUUGAAGCUGCAUGGCCUCACAGCCAUCAACACUUGGGGUGCAUCAGGAUUGCCGGACUUCAGGAGACUCAGGCAUGGCACGACUUACGACAGCAAGUUGUGGAAGCAGUUCAUGCGGACCACCAGGCAUGGCAUCAUCGCAGCCGAUACCAAGUGCUCCAACGCACCCAACAGAAGGCCCUCCGACAGGGGACCAGAUGGCACUAUCGCCGAUCAAUACAUGGCACAUUCCCUCACAGUGGCUUUUGUGAAACAGAUGUGGCAAGGCCCCAGCCGCCUGCCGACAUUCUUUGCGGCACCACCGGGGAUUCCCUUUGAGUUAGACGAAUUGGUUGAAGCGGUGGCAAAGGUCCACACCAACAAGUCAGUUGCGCAGCCUUUCCUACCAGGACUCUCAUUGUUUCUGGACUUGAAUCGGGCAUUCGACAGUGCAGACAGGCGUGCCAUUUUUGAACAUCUCAUCCAAUUAGGCACUCCGCCCAAUUUGGUGCAAUUGGCAGCCAGCUGGCAUGAAGACACUCAUUACAACCUUUCAUUCAGAGGUGCCACCACAUCAGUCCCUGUAGGGAAAGGCCUACGACAAGGAUGUAAACUGGCCCCCCUGUUGUGGGUGAGUUUCAUGGACCUUUUGCUGAGACAGGUCGCCCAAAUCACUGGAUAUCAAUGGGUUCAUGAUUGCUUGACAAUCUACGCAGAUGACGUGCAUGUAGGUUGCCUGUAUCGAUCCAAACAUGAACUUCACACCCAUUUGGUAAACAUUGGUCAUACCCUAGAUGUGAUUGAGAACAUGAAGCUGUCUUUGUCUUACUCCAAGUCCCACAUGCUGAUUGCCUAUGCUGGCACCAAUGCACGGGUAGCUCUCAAAGGCAUAUUGCACAGAUCGCCCACGGGCGCCAGCAUCCGUGUGCCCCGCCUGGGAAGAGAACAUACCUGCUUGCCGCUGCGCAGUAAGGGCUCCUACCUUGGUGUUUGUAUCAGCUAUCAUGCCUUUGAACUACAGACUUGGAACCAUCGCAAACAAGCCAGCUGGUUAGCAUUUGCCCGGUUGCGUGCAUGGCUCAGAAGCAGGCAAUUGACGCGUGCCCAUCGCAUGUAUUUGUGGAAGACUUGUGUGUUUACGGUGCUAACCUAUGGUCUACUAGCCACCAAUGUGACCAUACCAGUCCUUCUCGACUUUCAGGGCACAGUAUACAAAAUGGUCCGCACAGUGCUACAAGACCAUUCGUAUAUCACCCACACCACACAUCAAGCUGCAUUUCAACAGCAUCGGAUCGAUCCCCCGCUUGAGAUGCUUCGAGCCCUUGCCAUGGGCCUGCUGCAACGCAUCCAGAGGCGUGCAACCAUUUUGAGCCCUAAUGAUUUUUUGCGUCAUUUGGACUGGAAUCAGCUUCACGACCUCUUGCAUCUCAUUCACAGCAUGCAAGUGCAUGCACCGGAGGUGCCCAUAAGUGCCAGCCCGGACGAUCCGAUCCGAGUCCAGGUGCCUCCCAUGAUGCCCACAUCGACCACAGAUGUACGGCUCACGCCAAUGCCAGCCAGAGAUCAGGUGUAUCGGCACUUUCAGGUGACAACACAGCCGUUCUGGCCUGAGUUAGAGCGUUGCCUGCAUAAUGAUGAUUGGCCCACCCUUUGCCAACUGUCGGUGGGUUUGGAACAUCUCACACACCACUGCGCCAUAUUUGGCACAUGGUGCAACAGGUUUCAAGAAUUGCACAGCCACUACCGCCUCUACCAUGAUGAACAGCUGAAGGGUGGAGUUGUCAAAGGGGCACAACUCACGCAUGUGAUGCAACUGGUCUCACCGUGUGCUCUGUGCGCCAAGCAGUACAGCCGGGUCCAUAGCUGUCCAGUGACGUUACAGCUUGGCAUUCUCAGGCUUCAGCUACAGGAACCAGACAUCCGUGCUCAGCAGGAACUGACAUGUGAAAUUUGUGUUCAGCAGUUUGAUGAUCAGGGACAAUUGUAUCAGCAUAUGGCCAGGGACCACAACCACACACUGAACGACUGGGUCCCUUCUAGGGACUCUGUUCAGGGCAGUGAUCAAUGCCGGCACUGCUCCAUGCAGUUUGACAGUCGCUCAGGCCUGCGACGUCACAUCACUGAGGGUAGAUGCGAUGCAUUUGAUCCGUUGGCUUCACACAAUCCCAUGGACAAUACCCACAAAUGGAGCGCAUGGCUACAUACAGGGGAUUUUUCUCCCAAUGGCCUCUCAGCACACCAGCGGCUUCAGUUGACUACCACAUGUCAGUUUUGUGAGGCCAAGUACAUGCGCACAGGCGACGUUGUAGCGCAUCUACUCCAAUCACAUGGACCACUGUGGAACUCAUCGCGACCCAUGCUGAGGUACUUCCUCCAGGUGGUCAUGGCCUCUAGAGGUUGCAUCUGUAACCCUCAGGCGCAUGAGGUGGGACUUGCUCACAUUUGCACACCAUUGCGUCAGGUUGCGAUGAUGAUGGUCAACAGUGAUGUGCAGCUCUUGGUCCCGACUCAGUUUCAUGUGGACACACUGGCACCCAUGCUCACGCCAUUGCGGGAUGAAGCCCUGACACAACAGAUGAUUGCUUCCCUAGUCUCCAGGGACUUUGCAAAGCUCUGGACUGAUACAACGGUGGUGCAAGCCCUGAAAUCCAGAUGCAUGCAAUGUGGAGGCCACUAUCCACCGGCAGAGCUCCUGCGACAUCUCCUGACGGUGCACCCUCAAACAUGUGCGUGGGCCACUCAGAUUGCCUUCCAACUGCAUGACCUUUUGCCAAAGCUGCAAUUGCCAUUCUGCUACAGCCUCUUCAUGGACGCUCUGAUGGAUCCCAACGACCAGGCUCUGAUGGAGGGACUAGCAGCCCUUGGCCCUCUCCUAUUGGGGUCUCGGAAACAUCAAGAGGGAAGCGUCGAAGAACAGCAUCCCAAGCGGCACAAGGCCAAGGCCAAGGACGACCAAGAGCACGACGGGCUCAACAAGGAGGCGAUCACAACGCUCCUUCGACUGAUGGGACAACUUCUUCUCAGCCACGAGAGGAGCAUCCAGCUGAACCAAAGACAGGACUGCUUCGUUUUGUUCUGCCAAAAUCGACCGGAGGGCAUAGUUCCUCAUCUGGCAACGUUGGCCAGCAAGUGGCGGGAGGAUUUGCCCCAGCAGAAGGACAACACGAGAUGGCCCAACCUCAGGACCUACCUGAUGAAGGGAGUGAUCACAGAACUCCACCGACGGGUCCAACAGCUGGCAGCCAGCAAACAAGGCGAUCAGCUGUGGGAUGUAGCGGUGAACAAAGGCACCAUUCAUCCGGACGGGAGCUGGAGCUACCAGAAGUGGUCACCAGAACAGAAGCAGCUGAUCAAGGCCUCCCGCAGCCCAGUGACCAUGGCACAGAUGCUUCGGAAUCUCCAGAUCUUGGAGGAGCACUUCCAGAGCAACGCACACGUGGUGAGGUUCCAGAGCCUCAAGAACCCCCAGAGCAGCCAGGAAGCAAUCCCGUGGAUCUUACAGAUCUCACAUCGCGAAGCCGAAGCCUGGGAACUCAUGGUGGAGCUCUGUCACAACACAGUGUGGUCGCAAGACCUCUCAGAGCCCUUAGAUGCUGCAGUCCGACAAAGCUUGCACGACCGCGCUUUGCAGCUUGCCAUGGCCAAUCCGGGGAAUGACUGCUAUGCCAAUAGCGCUUUUGUGAGCAUGAUCUGGGCCACUUUAUCCAGAUCUGCCUUCACAUUUCAAGAUUGGGGCGCACGAUCAGCCAUCCUACAGCAAACCCUUGAACAUGCAGAUGGGACCCUUUUCUCACUUGAAAAUGCUUCAUGGUUUCAGCAUUUAUUAGAGGGUUGGAAUGAGGAUGGGGAGCAGGCUGACAGUGCGGAGUUUACACACAUGCUAUCCAGCUGGACUGCAAUGUCGGCCAUAUCCAACUGCUGGGAGCGCCGAGUGCAAACAGAACAAAGCACUGUGUUGCAUGAUGCAGGUGACAAGUUCAUGCCAUUGACACUGCAAUUUGACCCUCAACUUGUCGACCAUCAUGAAAUCCAACUGUCUGCGCUGCUUAGGACGUGGCACACCGAGCUUGGUAUGCUGGCUGGACUCACGGACCCUGAGGACUUGCUGCUUUUGCAUGUGGACCGCAUGAUUCAUGCUCCUGACGGAACGGUUGCCAAAUGCCAAGCGGCCCUUCGGUUUGGAUGGGAAGUUCAGAUUCCGGUCUUGGGGUCCCAUUCAUGCACGUGGAUGCCAUACACCGUGAUUGCCUGCAUUGCUCAUUUGGGAGGUGCCCAGAACGGCCACUACCAGGCCAUUCUCCGUACCUAUCCCGAAGUCUCGGACCUGGCCAGCCCCUCAAUGUGGAUGCUUUGUGACGACGGCCAUUCCCCAAAACGCAUUUUGAAUAUCCCAGAGAUCUUUGCACAGGGAAUCACAUGCCUCUGGAUGUGCCAGACGAACAAGGCCGACCUCCACAGACUGAUGCCAGGCAGGACUCCCACAGGUAUCGCUGACUCCGAUCUCCUGGCCCUUUUGGCCACGCAGCCGGAUCCAGAACCGUGA